AUGACAGCGAUCAGAAUGGUUUCAUCAGUGCUGCUGCUGGUGCUGAUGCAGUCCGGAGCUCUUUGCGCACGGAGGUUCCGGGGUGGCCGCAACCCACAACCACGACGCGCAGCACCUCCUCCCACAUACCGGGCCGACCGGGGUGACACCACGGAGAGCUUCCCUCUGGAUUUCACCGCCGUGGAGGAGAACAUGGAUAACUUCAUGACACAAGUCAAGAACCUGGCGCAGUCCCUGUACCCGUGCUCGGCACAGAAGCUCGACUACGACAUGAAGCUGAACUUUUUGGAGAAUACAUCAGUCACCUGCAACGACGGAAGUCUCGCGGGGUACUACCUGAAAGAAUCGCGAGGGAGCAGACGGUGGUUGAUAUUCUUAGAGGGUGGCUGGUACUGCUUCAACAAGGAGAACUGUGAUAGCCGAUAUGACACCAUGAGGAGACUGAUGAGCUCAUCCAAGUGGCCCCAAACUAAAACAGGCACGGGGAUCCUGUCUCCACUGCCUGAGGAAAACCCUCACUGGUGGAAUGCCAACAUGGUGUUCAUCCCUUACUGCUCCAGCGAUGUGUGGAGUGGUGCUACAGCCAAAACAGAGCAAAACGGCUAUGCCUUCAUGGGCUCACUGAUUAUUCAGGAGGUUGUGAAGGACCUGCUGAACAAGGGUCUGGACAAUGCCAAGGUCCUCCUAUUAGCAGGAAGCAGUGCGGGUGGUACUGGGGUCCUGCUGAACGUGGACCGGGUGGCAGAACAGCUGGAGGGACUCGGGCACACUGGGAUACAAGUUCGUGGUCUGUCUGAUUCUGGCUGGUUUCUGGACAACAAGCAGUACCACUGCACCGACUGUGUGGACACUGUCAGCUGUGCCCCCACAGAGACCAUCAAGAGAGGCAUCAAGUACUGGGGAGGAGUGGUGCCAGAGAGGUGCAGGCAGGCCCAUCAAGGAGAAGAGUGGAACUGUUUCUUUGGAUAUAGAGUGUUCCCGUCAAUAAAAAGUCCUGUGUUCGUGGUCCAAUGGCUCUUUGAUGAGGCCCAGCUGACAGUGGACAACAUCCAGCUAACGGGUCAACCUGUGCAGGAAGGCCAGUGGCGUUACAUCCAAAAUCUUGGCAUAGAACUGAGGAACACACUCAAAGAUGUCCCGGCUAUGUUUGCUCCAGCGUGCCUAUCUCAUGAAGUCAUCACCAGAAAUUACUGGAUUGACGUGCAGGUUAAAGGCACCUCCUUGCCCCGAGCGCUGCACUGCUGGGACCGGAGCCUCCACGACAACAGGAACAACAAAGCUCCUCCCAAAGGCUGCCCUGUACAUUUGAUCGACAGCUGCCCAUGGCCACACUGCAACCCCACCUGCCCGACCAUCCGAGACCAGUUCACAGGACAAGAGAUGAAUGUCAUUCAGUUCCUCAUGCACAUGGGCUUUGAUGUGCAGAAGAUGGCUCAGCAGCAGGGCAUGGACCCCAGCAAGCUACUGGGCAUGCUCAGCAGCGGCAGCUAAAGGAACACACAUACACUCAGCAUCUCCAAGCUAAGCCCAAGCAGGGCUGUCUGGUCUCUCUGGCCAGUCUCCCAUGCCUGAUACCUCCAACUACCAAUCCACCUUCACAACCCAUUCUACCUAUGGUCUAUUCCCCUCUGACCUCCUGUUUACUUUAGUUCAAACCUCAGUCUUACAAAGGGGCUUAGAUAUUGUCCCACAAUC